AUGAGCAUCGGAUCCUCCGGUAAUGUUGAUCCUGUGCGGGCCGCAGAGACCCGAGCGCCGCAAAUCCUCAUCGUCAGUACUGUUAUCAGCGUCAUCGCCUUUGUCUUUGUCUGCCUCCGGUCCUACACCCGCUUCUUUAUCGUGGGGUCAUAUGGUCCUCAAGAUGCGUUAAUGGUGACAUCCGUGCUCACCUCCCUCCUUGGCGGAACUGUAACCUUAUAUUUGCAAGCGCCUCUAGGUCUUGGCAAACACUACGAUACGAUCGAAGGGCCGGAUCUCGUCAAGUUCAUGAGGUUGUCCUUCGUCCAGACGAUUGUGCCUCUCAUUGGUGGCAUCGCCUUCCUCAAAAUCUCCAUUGCCCUCGAACUAAGAAAACUACGGAGCAACGCCUGGGCCUGGUAUGAGUACCUACUUUGGGCUAUGAUGGCGUUUGUGACGCUGUACUCGAUUGAGGCUUGGUUGACCAUCUUUCUGUUCUGCAAGCCCCUGCCGAGAUACUGGGACACCAGUGUCCAAGGCACAUGUUACUCCUUGAGCUUAUUCGCCAAGUUUGGGUUGGCCAACACAGCAUUCAACAUUUUUACCGAUGUCGCCUUUGCAACUUUACCAGUACCAAUCAUCUGGACCCUGAAAAUGCCACUAAAGACUCGUUUGUACCUCAUCGGGGUUCUCAGUCUCGGCUAUGUCGCUGUUGUGAUAGGCAUCCUCAAGGCCGUUGCGCAGAUCAACUUCGUGUCCAACAAAGAUUCUACCUUUACCUAUGAGAUUCAAUUUUGGGGCUUACUCCAACUCAACCUCGGUAUCAUUGCUGCGUGCGCCCCAGCGCUUAAGCCCCUGCUUCGAAAUAUACUCAACCUGAAGAGCCUGACCCCCGGAUAUGGCUAUACCAAUUCGGCUAGCCGCCGCUUAAGAAGCGGAAAAAGAACAGGUCUAUCCAACAAGGCGAAUGGAUACAUUCGACAAACCAGCAACACCGGAGGCCCCGAAGCGUUCGAACUGAAAUCAGUCAAUGACAACCAGACUUUUUACAUUGCCACUGCCGAGGGGAGAAACGACUCAGACUCAUCGGGGCCAGGAGGAACUGGCACGCGAAGGGAGAAUAGCUCCGAUAGCAUUGUGCAUCCAGAUGCCAACGGGAAGAACAUAGUUCGGACAACCGAGGUGUCCGUCACAUAUUAG